UGUCACGCGUUCACCCACACGAGCCGAGUCGCGCUCAGCUUGCCACUUGUCCCCAGCAAGCACUCGGUUUUGGAGGCGCGAGUCGUCUGCGUGAUUCCUAUACUGCUCAGCGACAACGUCACCGUGAAGUAUCACAGGUGGGCGUACUACUACCUACUAGCUUGAGAGUUUCAAUGGAACAACAUCCUUCCUACACAGAACUCUCCGCGCUCGUACCAAAAUAUCCAAGAUCAGCUGGAGCAUUGUUUCAAACCUACAAUGACUUAAAACUAGCUCAGCAGUGGACCGACCUCGAGGUCGUAGACCUUACCAGCUGCUCUAGAGGCGCAUUGAAAGGCCGCCGACCAAAAGUGGAGGCCGUCCUGUGUGUCAUCCCUUGCUCGCUCGCGGAGUCACUUUCGAUCGCAUGGUUACACGAUGCAUUCGGUGAACUCGGAAGCCCUCCGCACAUUUAUCUAGCUAUCAACACGGAGGAUUCAUCCAUUGUGUACUACAAGAUCAGCCCGGGAAUUGUGAAACCACCUGUUUGAGGUCUGACGCAAUGCUUUCUGUUCAAGCGAGACGGCGCUGUUCGGUCUUCGACCACUGUUCCGGCACACCUGUAUCAAUAAUCAUACAACCUGCCUCUAGACAGGUCAUCGUAAUUGUACACUAUUACACAGAUCACAUAAUGCAGC